AUGGCUUGCCGUCGUGAGUUGGUUCUCGAGCGGGUUGGUGAGCCUCGGUCGUUGUAUCUGUCACGCAAUUGUUCACGAACCCGUGCAACUUGUGGGCCCAGUCUAGAAUGGAUACUUCCUUGUGGGCCCAAGCGAGCGUGGACAAUGGACUGUGGGCCCAACCUCUUGUGCACAUUGGUCCUUGGAUCUAAUCUCGAAUGGAUCGUUGACCGGCUCAGAAGACGGCUUGCAGAUGUCUGCAUCUCUUCGGUACGAUCUUGUUCUCCCCCUUGCCCGUUUGUCUCUGCCCAACCAGUCCGCGACCUCUCGAACUACUCACCGAUAUGCUCGUGCAUCCUUCUCUCCUUGUCACGGGAUCCAAGGUCAGGGCCUUGA